AGGGUCAGAGAUUGCAGACAUACUACAGGAGAUGGUCAGAGAUUGCAGACAUACUACAGGAGAUGGUCAGAGAUUGCAGACAUGGUACAAGAGAGGGUCAAUGACUUCAGACAUACUACAGGAGAUGGUCAGAGACUACAGGAGAUGUCUUCAGACAUGCAACAUUGAACUGAUAGAGAGUAGACACAUGCUACAGGAGACAGUCAGAGGCGGUAGAUAUGCUACAUCUGACUGAUCAAGGCUGUGGACAUGUUACAGUAGAUGGGAUGUGACUGGAGA